AUGUUCGCCUUCGUUACCCUCCUGGCGGCCAUCUUCACCUCAACUGUCUUGGCGAUUCCCACUCAAGAUCAAUCUGCCAAGACCAGCCCAGCAAUCAGUGCCAGAGACAUCAUCGAAUACCCAAUUCAAGCCACCCUGUGCAAGAACAAUCCCAAUGACGGAAACAUGUGCUUCAUCUCAUAUGUCGAUAACUCCAUUUGGGUUGAUCCGGUCCUUUGGGUAUUUGAUCACAACUGCGUCACUAUUGGCUACAACGGAGCAGUUCCUCGCAGCGAAAUCGAAGAAAGCUACUUCGGCAUGUCUUCUGAGCUCCCAGACCUCGUUGUCAUCCAUGCUGGCCUUGUCUUCGACGAUCUGAAUGAUAUCGACUUCUGGUACAAUAACGUCCACACCUAUCCUACCAGUGAUUGGGGCAAUAUCGACGCGGGUUGGACUGAGAAUGGUGUCCAGGCUGUCGAUUCCAGCGGGACACCAUGGAUCUGGUACAGAAUGGCAUUCAGUUGCUAA